GCAGACUAUUUCAGGAGUCAAGAAUUGCAUCUAAGGCCAUUGUCACUGUGACCUGUGAAAGAAGAACACUAAGGGAGCUUCCAGGUUCAUCUACUUAGAGGCUGUUUCUCCUUUAGUUGGAAGGCUCUGCUAGUGAUGGAUCCAUAUGUGAUUCAGAUGAGCAGCAACAGCAACCUCCCCUCCGUUCUGGAUGUGCAUGUCAACAUUGGUGGGAGAAGCUCCUUGUUGGGAAAAAUGAAAGGCAGGAAGGCCAGAUGGUCAGUGAAGCCUUCAGACAUGUCCAACAAAACUUUCAAUCCUAUCCGGGCCAUUGUGGACAGCAUGAAGGUGAAGCCAAAUCCAGACAAAACCAUGAUUGCUCUGUCAAUUGGGGACCCCACUGUGUUUGGAAACCUGCCUACAGACCCUGAAAUUACCCAAGCCAUGAAAGAUGCUCUGGACUCGGGGAAGUAUAACGGCUAUGCUCCCUCCAUUGGCUACUUAUCCAGUCGGGAGGAGAUUGCUUCUUACUACCACCGGCCCGAGGCACCCCUGGAAGCUAAGGAUGUCAUUCUGACUAGUGGCUGCAGUCAGGCUAUUGAACUUUGUUUAGCUGUGUUGGCCAACCCAGGACAAAACAUCCUAGUUCCGAGACCUGGUUUCUCUCUCUAUAGGACAUUGGCUGAAUCGAUGGGAAUUGAGGUCAAACUCUACAAUUUAUUGCCAGAGAAGUCUUGGGAAAUUGACUUGAAACAAUUGGAAUCUCUGAUUGAUGAAAAGACGGCUUGUCUCAUUGUUAAUAAUCCAUCAAACCCCUGUGGGUCAGUGUUCAGUAAAAGUCAUCUCCAGAAAAUUCUGGCUGUGGCUGCAAGGCAGUGUGUCCCCAUCUUGGCUGAUGAGAUCUAUGGAGACAUGGUGUUUUCGGAUUCCAAAUUUGAGCCUCUGGCCACCCUCAGCAGAAACGUCCCCAUCCUGUCCUGUGGAGGGCUGGCCAAGCGCUGGCUGGUUCCUGGCUGGAGGUUGGGCUGGAUCCUCAUCCAUGACCGAAGAGACAUUUUUGGCAACGAGAUCCGAGAUGGGCUGGUGAAGCUGAGUCAGCGGAUCCUGGGGCCCUGCACCAUCGUCCAGGGAGCUCUGAAAAGCAUCCUGCAUCGCACCCCUCAGGAGUUCUACCACAACACCCUGAGCUUCCUGAAGUCCAAUGCUGAUCUUUGCUAUGGGGCAUUGGCUGCCAUCCCUGGACUCCAGCCAGUCCGUCCUUCUGGGGCCAUGUACCUCAUGGUUGGAAUUGAGAUGGAACAUUUCCCAGAAUUUGAGAAUGAUGUGGAAUUCACGGAGCGGUUAGUUGCUGAGCAAUCAGUCCACUGCCUCCCAGCAACGUGCUUCGAGUACCCGAAUUUCUUCCGAGUGGUAAUCACAGUCCCCAAAGUGAUGAUGCUGGAGGCCUGUAGCCGGAUCCAGGAGUUCUGUGAGCUGCACUACCAUUGUGCUGAAGGGAGCCAGGAGGAGUGUGACAAAUAGGCCCAAGUCCAUUCUCUUGAGCAUGAGUCCCAUCCGGGGAGGGCUGGGCUGGGCCUUGCUGUUCCUCAAGAGGAAUCAGGUGCCCCUACUGGGAGAGGGGCCUCAAAAGCAUGUCAAGGGUUCAGAAUUGCUCCUGCUUUCCCCCAACUAUGUCCACAUACACACUCUGCAUCCCAGAUUCUCCUCUCACUCUGCUCUGCUGGAGUGACUCACUAAUUCAUGAAUCCGCCCCCUCCUAUAUGACUUCCUCCUUUUUUCCUGAGAGUACUAGGUGAGCAAAAUUUACCAGAAAGUGGUAGAGACAAAAAAAGUAAAAGCUCAUGAUGAGAGGAACAAAAGAUUGAAUUUGUGCCCCCAAACAUUUCCUCAUACUGUAAGUAAGAGUACACUCUCUCCAGUCAGGUCUGACGCCCAACUCUGUUAUUGCUUCACUUCAGGUAUACCUC